UUAUCCUUUUUCUUCUUCCCUGUUACCAAACAGAGCCUCCAAUUCAAAGUUGCCAUAUUGUGGUCACUGAACCAAAGCCUCUCUCCUCUCUAUAUUUCUCUCUCUGCGGCUCUUUCUUACACUACUUUCCUGUCAAUGGCGUCUUCUCUUACCCUAGUGACUAUCCUUCUGUUAACAGUUUCUCUAAUUUCUCCGUCGCGGUCGGCCACCUGUCAGUCACAGACGUUCUCCAGCAACAGGCUUUACACUUUCUGCAACGAUCUCCCUUCCCUCAAUUCCUACCUUCACUGGGCCUACGACUCGGCCAAGUCCACCCUCUCCGUCGCCUUCAUCGCCGCUCCAGCGAAGCCAAACGGAUGGAUUUCAUGGGCCAUAAACCCGACCUCCCCUGGAAUGGUCGGGUCCCAGGCUCUGAUCGCAUUUAAGGACUCCAAGGGCGCAAUGACUGUUAAGACGUAUAAUAUCAGUUCAUACGGUCCUGUAACGGAAUCCAAGGUGUGGUACGAGGUGAGGAACUCAUCAGCGGAAUUCUCCGACGGGGUGAUGCGGCUUUUUGCUACUGUUGUGUUGCCGGAGAAGGGGAAGAGUACGGUGAAACAUGUGUGGCAGGUGGGCCCCUCUGUAACGGCGGGGGUUCCCGACAAGCAUGAAUUUCAGCCGGCGAAUUUGAACUCGAAAGGGAGCCUUGAUUUGUUGAAAGGACAGAGCACUGUUUCUAGCGGUGGUGGGGAUUCCAGAACCAAGAAGAAGAACAUUCAUGGGAUUCUGAAUGUAGUGAGUUGGGGAAUUAUGUUUCCAAUUGGGAUCAUUAUCGCGAGGUACGUAAGGUCAUUCCCCUCGGCCGAUCCAGCAUGGUUUUAUCUUCAUAUCUUCUGCCAAGUCUCGUCCUACGCCAUUGGUGUUGCUGGUUGGGGGACGGGCCUUAAGCUCGGAAGUCAAUCCAAGGGCGUUCGCUAUACUGUCCACCGCAAUAUUGGGAUUGCCCUCUUCUCUCUCGCUACUUUGCAGAUAUUUGCAUUGUUCUUGAGACCCAAAAAGGACCACAAGCUUCGGUUUUACUGGAAUAUCUACCAUCAUGGAAUUGGCUAUACUAUCCUUGUCCUUGGCAUCCUCAAUGUGUUCAAAGGUCUGGAUAUAUUAAAUCCAGAACCCAAGUGGAGGGAAGCAUAUAUUAUUCUGAUUGCCGUUUUAGGAGGCAUUUCUUUAUUGUUGGAAGCUAUCACUUGGAUAAUCGUUCUAAGGCGGAAGUCGGGGAAGUCGACCAAAUCCUAUGACGGUAUCAAUAACGGCCAUGGUAGGCAAGAACCUUUAGCUGCAUAAUCCCGCAACUAACCUCUCACACGAUGCUCCAAGGGCGGGACGGUGGGGGACCCUUAAGGUUGGGGUUCAACUUUUUUUGAUCAUAUGUUUUUAUGAACUUAUAGCCCGUUCGCAGUUGACGCCAUUCUCUUUCUAUUCGCUUGUUUGAGAUGAGACCGAGGGUUAGGGUUCAAGAUUGUGGGAUUAUUGCUUACUUUUACUUUACCUCAUGUUUAUUAGUUUUGGUAUAUAUAGCACACAACAAAUUCGACCUAUUAUUGUGUUAUUUUCGUCUUCU